CACAGGAACUGUCUUCUCUUCUCAACACGUUUUACUGCUCAUAGUACGCAACUGACUCUGAUUGUGUUAAAGAUUUUUCUCUUGGAAGCUUUUUUCUUUGUUUUCUUUUUGUUUUUUGGGGUUUUUUUCCACCACGAUGCUUCCCGCAGCUGCAGUUUUUCAUUUCCCCUGGGAAGUGACGUCUGGAGCAGUGCAGGAAGGAGAAUCAGUGAGAACUUUUGGCAGACUUGUCAGCUAUCAGCCUGAGGAGUCCAGGGCUACGCUGUCAGCUCAGCAUGCUUCAAAAGAGCACCAAGUGGUCGUCAGCACCUUGUUUGUGGAGCCUUUUAACCCAAUAAUUGGGGCCCAGUACGUCGUUCUGGGUGAGAAAGAAAAUACUGAGGGGGGUGAUGUGAUGGUCCGUGCCCGCGUGCUGAACUGUGUUGAUGGUGUGAACGUUGCUCUUCUACAGAAAGCCAUCAAUGAGCAAAGGAGCUUCUUCAGGGAGAGGGAGAGCAAACAGGGUGAUGCUGCACAAGCUGCAGAUGUAACCUGAUCCGGGACUUCAUUCGUAAAGUUUCCCAGAGUGCUUGUGGAUAAUCAGAGCUACAUAACUGACUCUUAAGCUGUUUGCUAAGGCGCACUGUGCUGUUGUAUGAGCUCAAAUGAACUUUAAGACUGUUUGGUUAAAAGUGUGAAAGACAGAGGUUUACUUCCAUCAGUUUAUAUGACUUAGAUAUAUGACUAUAUAUCUUAUCGUAAUCUUGUGUAAUUUUUCUAUUUCCUAUUUAUUCUGUUCUUUUUAUUGUGUUUUAUGUCUGUAUGUAUGUUUUUGCUUUAUCUCCUCUGUGAAGCACUCUGUGAAGGUGCUCUAUAAAUAAAAUUAUUUACUUACUUUCUUAUGAAAACGGUGCAUGUUUUAGCAAUAUCUUUCAAUGUUGAUCCAGCUUUUCAGUGCUGCCAUUUUAUGUGGAUGUUGAAGUUACCGGACUUAACAUUCUUGAUAUAACUUUAUGGUCUGAUAUCAUUCAAAAAUGCUUUAAAAAUGUUUUAACUUGCCAAACAAUAGACAUGUUAUGUAUGGGUCUUGAUCAAACCUGUGUAAUAUAAAUAAAAGCGAACUCCUCCUUGUGCCAGAGAAUGGCUUUAA